CCCAGACUUGUUAAAAUGGAAUUGAAUCCUAAAAACAGCAACGAGCAAACAAAAGAAGCAAUGAUGAUGAAUGUCAUAGGGCUGAGUCUGAGUCUGGUGUUAACUUCACUGGCAGCAGCGAGCACCAUCGUCAAAGAAGGGCACAGAGUUGUCGUGGUUGAAUACGACCAAGGUGGCCAUCAGAACACCAAAAUCUCAAUAUCACCAGAACAACCUACGCAUGCUAAUCCUAAAGAUCCCAUUUGCGACGCCUAUGGAAAAUGCAAGCACAAAAUCGUGGAUGCAAUGGAGAAGUCUCAAGAGGUCAUCCAUGAGAAGAAGGACGAGAUUGCCGCCAACAAGGAGGCAGCACGCCAAGUUGCUGGUAAAACCAAAGAGAGAGUGUAUGAUAAAGCCCGUCAUGUCCACGAAUACGCCCAAAACACUGUAGAAACAGCCAAGAACCAUAUUGCCUGUAACGUGUCAAACGCCAAAGAUGCAUUCAAGCGUCUAAUAGCAGGAUCUUUGGAGAGGCAGAGCCUUAAUUCUUUGAUGGGGGUGGCUAACAUGUUGGGGUUUUCCACGGCUUAUGGGAUGUGUGUGUGGGUUACGUUCAUCUCCAGCUAUGUGCAGUCCAGGGCUAUGGCAAGGCAACAAUUUGCAGUGGUGCAGAGUAAAAUAUAUCCUGUUUAUUUCAGGGCCAUGUCUUAUAGCAUCGGGGUCGCUUUAUUCGCCCAUGUCUUGGCCCAUAGAAACACCUUGCUCUCCAACAAGUCUGACUUAUUGCAAGCAUAUAAUCUUCUGGCCUCCCUUGUCACACUUUUCUUCAAUUCUCUUUACUUGGAGCCUCGGGCCACCAAGUUGAUGUUCGAGAGGAUAAAGAUAGAAAAAGAGGAAGGAAGAGGCAGAUCAGAAGAUGUGAGUAGCAGAACUAAAGAGCCAGCUUCCACGACCGCAGACCAGGAUGCAGUCAGAACAAGGAUUAUCAAGCUCAAUGACAAGCUCAAGAAACUCAAUUCCUACUCCUCAUUCCUCAAUAUCCUCAAUCUCAUGUCUCUUACUUGGCAUCUCGUUUAUUUGGCUCAACGACUUCCCCAUAUUUGCUAAACCAAAUACUACGGUCCUUUUGUCUUUUCUACUAAUCACUUGUUUUCUGUGUUUCUUUUCUGUUUCUAUCAUGUUUGUUGAUAUUUGCAAAUACUUCAGUCUCUAGAUUUUUGUAUCUUUUAGCUUUGGGAACAAUACAGUGUUUACCACUCCCUGUAUUUAAUUUGUGUUAAGUGUAAAACUCUUGUUACUUUGCUUUAAUCAUGGUUAAAUGGAUACUAAAAUUCUCGGUCC